GCCACGUUACGAACCGCGGCUGAGGUGGCGGCGGCAAAGGAUGAACCCGGCAGGCUUGGCGGCGGCGGCGGGGACGCCCCGGCUGCGAGCAAGAAGGAGAGCUGCAGAAUGAGGGAGCAUCCACUCUCUUCCCCUGCAGCCUCGAAGCGGAGGACUCCGGCCUCCCCGCCGGACAUGGCCGACCCCCACCAGCUUUUUGAUGACACGAGUUCAGCCCAGAACCGGGGCUAUGGGGCCCAGCGGGCACCUGGUGGUCUGGGCUACCCCAACACCUCUGCCUCCGCACAGGCGGCCUUCCUGGCAGAUCCUGUGUCCAACAUGGCCAUGGCCUACGGGAGCAGCCUGGCUGCACAGGGCAAGGAGCUGGUGGACAAGAACAUUGACCGCUUCAUCCCUGUCACCAAGCUCAAGUACUAUUUUGCCGUGGACACCGUGUAUGUGGGCAAAAAGCUGGGCCUGCUCGUCUUCCCCUAUCUGCACCAGGACUGGGAGGUGCAGUACCAGCAGGACACCCCAGUGGCCCCCCGCUUUGACAUCAACGCUCCUGACCUCUAUAUUCCAGCGAUGGCUUUCAUCACCUACAUCUUGGUGGCUGGCCUUGCACUGGGGACACAGGAUAGGUUCUCCCCAGACCUCCUGGGCUUGCAGGCAAGCUCAGCACUGGCCUGGCUGGCCCUGGAAGUGCUGGCCAUCCUGCUCAGCCUCUACCUGGUCACUGUCAAUACCGACCUCACCACCAUCGACCUGGUGGCCUUCCUGGGCUACAAAUAUGUCGGCAUGAUCGGCGGGGUUCUCAUGGGCCUGCUCUUUGGGAAAACUGGCUACUACUUGGUGCUGGGCUGGUGCUGCGUGUCCAUCUUCGUGUUCAUGAUCCGGACGCUGCGGCUGAAGAUCCUGGCCGAGGCGGCGGCUGAAGGAGUACCGGUGCGCGGGGCGCGGAACCAGCUGCGCAUGUACCUGACCAUGGCCGUGGCGGCGGCGCAGCCCCUGCUCAUGUACUGGCUCACCUUCCACCUGGUGCGGUGAGGGCGCCCGCGCAGCCGCCUGCCGCCCGCCCGCUGCCGCCGCUCAUCUCCGCCCGCCUCGGGCCGCCUUUCCGGGCAGGGCCGCCGCCCGCGCCCGCCCGCGCCCCUCUCCCCGCCAAGGUGCUGAGAUCUCCAGCUGCACAGCGAAACAAUAAAGCCUGAUGGACUGGG